CUGGCAGCACCACAUAACACAGUGACGUCGGUAGUGUUUAAACAUGGCCGAAGCUCCAGACUUGACAUUCUUUGACUUAAGAAUAGUCCAUGAUAAUUUCGACCGUGCGUUAAUUAAUGAGGAUGAUGUCGAUAUCAAAUUAUAUCUGGAAGCUUACAAUGAACUUUACAAAUUUUUCCAGCUGAUGGGAAGUGUAUUCAGUUUCGUGUCCUCGGAUUUGAAGCAGAAGAUCGACGCGUUAAAUGAAUUGCUGAUCAAAGAUAAUGACAAUUAUCGAUCGAUCAAGUCAAUGAUUGACUAUGAAAAGGACAGUAAAUUGCUGGAAAAAAAUGACUGUACCAAUGGUUCAAGGACGCUGCUGCGAUUGCACCGCGGGCUGGAUUUUAUCCGCGAAUUCUUGAGGCAGUUGGGUGACUUGAAAGACGUGGAUAAGACGAGUAAUUGUUGCCAGGAUGCUUACAAUAAAACACUAGCGAAACAUCAUCCAUGGGUUAUUAGAAAAGCUGCUAUUGUUGCCAUGUACACGAUGCCUACUAGAGAAGUUUUAUUUAAAAAGGUAUGUGGAGAACAUGUUCAACGUAAUGUUGAUGUGCUACCAAAAAUGUUGGAAGUAACUGCCGACGUAUUUAAUCGUACUCAUAAUCUCUACGAAUUUAAUGAUCUUCAUAAUCUACACUAAGUGUAAACACAUAGCAACUUAAAUUAAAUUAAAAGAAAAACUACUUGACACGGCAGUGAUAAACUGAACCAUAAAGAUUAAGAUAAAAACACAUAAAAAUUAAUACCACUUUUAUUUGAUAUUUUUACACAAAAAUAAACCAUUCCAGCAGAAUAGAAAAAAAAACUUACAACUUGUAUUUAUUAUACGUAAUUUAUUUAUGGCUUAUAAAAUUAAAAAAAAUCAUAAAUGUUUGCGUUAUUGUUAUAAGCGAUGUAUGUGAUAAAAAAAGCGGGAUUAUUGGCAAUAUAAAUUAAUUUACAAACUUAUCAA